AUGUCUGAUAGGCACCCGCACCCCGGGCCGACUACCCACCGGCCUCCUCCAUUGAAGGUGGCUCCUACAUUGCGCGGUGAUUCCAUUGAACUUGUCGACUACCAUCCGACCUCUCAUACAGCAACCGCAAGUGCUUCUGGUCGCGCCCACUCAAACGACUUUCAAGACAGUGCUAGGCGGUUCGACCCUGCCGCCGACUCGCAGCCGCUUGGCUUUGACAUCGGUGUUCGAGAAUCGAAGGAGGGAUUAGAGCUCGACCAGCUUCGCCCCGAGGGCUCUCGUCUUAGGUUCUGGGCUGAAGCUCUCCGACGCCGCGCUUAUAACGCAUCGCACGGGAUCGUCGACCCGGAUUCCGAAAAGAUGAAGUUCUCGCAUAGUGUCCAGUUUAAUGCGGUGCCAGAUUGGAGCUCCAAUUACAUCGCGUAUAGCAAUUUGAAGAAACUGAUAUACACCCUUGAGAAACAGGUCAACCGCAUCGAUGGACAUGUGGCCACAGAUGUAGAGUCUGCUCCGUUGUUGAGUGGUAUUGAACCAAGUAACCCGGAUGCAACCUUUAAACGGGCUCUUGACGUUGAGAUGGAUAAGAUCUGUUCUUUCUAUAAGAAGAAGGAGGCGGAGAUUUUUGAACUCGCGGAUGAGCUCAUCAAAGACGCUGAUGUGUAUCUUUCCGAGACUGACGGCGUCAAUAUGGACCCCGUCAGUGAGACAGUCAUCAAGGCAAGCUCCCGUCGCGGUAAUGGCAAUACCACCAUCCCGCACCGGCGGCCCAGUGCUCUGAGCAAUGACUCGAUGGCGGACGAUGAAGAAGAAGGCGGCGAUAGCGACGACGACCGGUCCCCGGCUAAUGUCCCACAGCGCCGGAGGUUGCUACAGUCGACUGAUGGUGAGUCCAACACGGAUGACCAGCACGGCGAUAUGGCAGACUCCUACUUUGGACAGCCGACCACCCGAGAACCGCACGAGUCGCACUUCAACGACGAGGACUUCAUCGCUCUUUACAACACCGGUAUAUCGUUGAAGAAGCGUCUGAUCGAAUGCUACGUCUCACUCUGCGAACUGCGCUCCUUUAUCGAGCUGAACAAGACUGGCUUCGCCAAGGCCCUAAAGAAGUAUGACAAAACCUUGGAUCGCAGCCUUCGCAGAGAUUACCUAGCCUCUGUUGUCCAUACCGCGGUACCUUUCACCGACAGUACUAUGGCUGCCAUCGAUCAGCAUAUCGAGAACGUGGAGGGUGUGUAUGCGGGCAUCGUCACGAAAAACAACAGGCAGUUUGCUAGGCGCGAGCUGCGUCUGCAUCUGCGUGAGCAUGUCGUCUGGGAGCGGAAUACCGUCUGGCGUGAGAUGAUCGAGAUCGAACGUCGUGCGCAGGCUGCCAAUGUUGGUAUUCGCCAGACUCUCCUGGGUGGUGAUGAGGACCCGGCCACUGCACGGCGCCAGGGAGACAAGACCGAGAUGCGCACUCAUGAGGUAUCAACGCCGCUUGGUCGGUUCCAGUUCCCGACCUGGCUUUGCAGCUUGAGCUUCGGUACGCUGGUAUUUAGUAUCGCCAUCUUCGGCGCAUUGCUUUCUGUGAACAUAAUGGACACCCCCGAGGAGCAGAACUGCCUGGCAAUGUUGGUCCUCGUUAGUAUUUUGUGGGCCACUGAGGCUAUCCCGCUGUUUGUCACUUCGCUUCUUAUCCCAUUCCUAGUCGUGACUCUAGGCAUCAUGCGGUCAGACGAUGAAGCUCAGACGCGACUGGGGCCCAAGGAGUCAGUCGGCAAGGUGUUCGCAGCGAUGUGGACUCCUGUGAUUAUGCUACUCCUAGGUGGCUUCUCAAUCGCAGCGGCACUGUCCAAGUACGAUAUCGCACGGCGCAUGGCCAUGUUCGUGCUAAGUAAAGCCGGAUCGAAGCCAUCUGUAGUGCUCUUGACCAACAUGUUUGUGAGCAUGUUCCUGAGCAUGUGGAUCAGUAAUGUUGCAUCUCCCGUACUCUGCUACUCAAUCAUCCAGCCUUUGUUGCGCAAUAUGCCUCCCGAGUCAGACUUUGCCAAGGCACUCGUGCUGGGUAUCGCGUUAGCCGCCAAUGUUGGUGGUGCAGCGUCCCCCAUUGCCUCGCCCCAGAACAUCAUUGCCCUGCAGAACAUGGACCCGAGCAUCAGCUGGGGCACAUGGUUCUUCAUCGCACUUCCUGUCUGCAUCAUCUCCAUUCUCCUGAUUUGGGUCCUGCUGCUGGUAACAUUCCGUCCGGGCCGCAACACAACAGUGAUGGCCUUCCGUCCCGUCAAGGACCGCUGGACCGGCAUGCAGUCCUUCAUCAGCAUCGUCACCAUUAUGACAAUCAUCCUCUGGUGCACCAGCCACCAGCUCGAGCACAUCUUCGGCGACAUGGGCGUAAUCGCCAUCAUCCCUCUCGUCCUUUUCUUCGGUACCGGUAUCCUCAACAAAGAGGACUUUAAUAACUUCCUCUGGACCAUCAUCAUUCUCGCUGCUGGUGGUUUGUGUUUAGGCAAGGCCGUCACCUCAUCAGGCCUGCUGCACACAAUCGCCAUGGGAAUCACCGCCCGCGUCGAGAACCUCAGUCUGUACAGCGUCCUCUUGGUCUUUUGUUCUCUCAUUAUUGUCAUGGCUACCUUCAUCUCGCACACCGUUGCUGCCCUCAUCAUCCUCCCGCUUGUCCGCCAGAUCGGCGUUAGCAUGGAGGACCCUCACCCGAACUUGCUGGUCAUGGCCAGUGCUUUGAUGUGUUCUGUUGCGAUGGCUUUGCCCACCAGUGGAUUCCCUAAUAUGACUGCUAUCAUGACCGAAGUACCCACCACAGGCCAGCGAUAUCUUCAAGUCCGCCAUUUCCUCACUCGCGGCAUCCCGGCCAGUCUUAUGGCCUUUGUGGUGAUUGUCACCCUUGGAUAUGGACUGAUGUAUGUUGCGGGGUUGUAG